UCCGCCGCAGCCUACAAAUCGCGAAUUUCGCGCGGUACAAAACGGUUCAUUGUUGUAGAUACAUAUCAUAUCGCGACGCAGCCUCAUCACAAUCAGAACACAUUUUUUUAUCGUAUACCCGCAGAACAGGAGCUCAUUUAUUUUCGAUAUUUUAUACAUGUAUAUAAAUUAGUAUCACGAAAACCGGAUGCACGUAUAUAUCAUCGAUCGGUACAACCGUAUAUCUAUAAAACAUCUUAUUCAUCGCGGAAAACAGUCAUUCAUAAUUAAUUUUACCGUUUACGAGCGUGCGUGGUCGCGUUCCUUGUUAUUGUUAUCGUUUCUAUCAUCAUUGAAAUUAUAAUUAUAACAUGACAACAAGAAUAAUUAUUAUUAUUAGCAUUACUAACGUUACGAAUGAAAAAGCCGCCACUGUUUAACAGAAGCACAACAAAAGUAACGUUAAUUUCGCAACCGGUAAUUUUCCCUUACAAUUGAUAGGAAAAAUUCAAUAACCGUUAAAUAUCGAAACACUUCAAGAGCAUUCGAUUUAUCGCAGAAAUUGAUUAACAAAAUAACAGAGGAGCGUUAAUUAAAUUUCUUCCAUUUCGUAUGACAUUAUAUAUGUAUGUAUGUAUACGUAUAUCCAUAUUCUAUACGUACCUUGCACGAGGUAAUUAUACAUACUGAUAAACAGCUGGAGGGCGGCAUGGGAGGGGAGGGGGUGGUUGAUUAGAUUUUUUUCUUAGUCUUUCUGCAGUCGCUAUUGCCGGGGCGGUGGAGGGAAAUAAAGUGAAAAAGCACGGCGGGCGUGACCCGUGUUUCGGAUUAUUUUAAUUAACCGGUUUCGUUAUUCCACAUUUCUUUUUUUUUUUUUUUGUCUCUAAUUGUCCCGUUAAUUGCUGCGAUUGCCGUGUUUAAUUAUACAAUCAAAUCUUACCCAGUAAUUUUUCGCAAUUAAUUAACCCGUCGUAUACAUCAAAAUCUGACGAGGUUAUUUUACGUACGUACCUAUACCUAUACCUAUAAUGUAUGGGGAAUAUCAGGUUACAUCAUUAAUAACGGUAUUAUGCGGCCGAUCUUAUGUGGUUUCCUCCCAUCUUCAAUAUGUUUUGUAUCACGUGGACACGCUUCGUGAAUAUUGUAUUACUUAACGCGUUACGUGAUUAUCAACGAUAUCGCACGAAUCCGGAUAUAUCCAUACGAAUUAUCUUGCUACGACGAAUUACUUAUUGUAACAAAUAUUUAUUUACGCGCAGUGCCUACGGUAUGACGGUAUAACACGGACGUGCGAUAAAUUUUUCAAAAAUAUCAACUAGGUUUCAUAGUCGCGAUUAUUGGUCAAACUAUAACUCAGCUAACUAGCUAUAUUUAGACAUUUAAUUUAGGUAUACCCGAGUUAUUCAUAAUUCGUGUAGGUGGUAUAAAUAAUAGCCAGAAUAAUUGAUAAAUCGCAGGGUAGGUACGAAUUAUCAAGCCGCUUGUGCGGCGUUAUAACGAGCGGUAAUCCGUUCUCUCGCUGUAUUACGUGUUUUUCAAUAUUAGUUUUAUGAUUUCGCGAAAAAUGAACGCAUGCGAAUUCGGAGAUUGACGCUCGUCGAGUCAAGAGUUGAGGAAUUAUAAUUCGAGGUGGAAUAUUGGACGCUUUGUUUUCCCUUUGAUGAAACUAUGUCGUUAUUAUACGGUCCCAGUGUCAACAUACACGGCCAGAGUCAAUUGCAAACGUGCUAGUUACCUGCUUCAUUUACAUAUGUAUACAUAUCUAGGUAAACCUGUGCAAAUCCCUAUUUUCAGUAAUAAACAACCCUCAACUAUAGGGACACGUAUACACAUCAUGCUUUUCCAUCAAAGUCAGGCUAUUUCGUAACGUGUGUAAAAUUACUGUACGUCUUUUUUUUUUUUUUUUUUCUCAUCGAUUAAUUGAACUGGGAUUUUUUUGUUUCGCUCUGAUCCUCGGUUAGUCCUGUUUUCCGAUUCUCAUCGCAACGGUCGCUAGUACAUCGAUUUUAUCUUUAUCAUACCAAAGGUGUAGAACAUUUUUAUCUUUCAUCCUCACUAUAGCGCCGUCGUGUUUUUCCCUGCUGUUUUUUUUUUUUUUUUUUUUUUAUCGAGGAAUUUCGAAUGAAUUCAUGAAUUUUCGAAGAAUAUUUUUGCAACAUUUUUAGGCAUCGUGAUGCACGUUACACGUAUACCUAAAAGACUGUGCAUCCCGUAGUACGACGACUCGUGCAGCGCGUUAUUGGAAUAUAUGAAAAAGUAAAAACCAGUGACGAAGGUAUCGAAGUGGGAUUUAAAAUUGAAAUUGUGAAAUAAAGAGAAAAACGAGAAACACUAAUAUCAAAAUCAAAUAUCGCUAUUUUGGAAUGAAAACUUAUAGGAAAAACAAAAUAAACACAAAUGCGGCUUCGAGCAAUGCUAACGAGCGAUUGAAAUAGCGACAAUUCAUUUCGUCCGAAUGAAACGCAGAAAACUUGGUAAAAAACUAUUCUCUCCUAUUUGAAAAUAUCAAAAUUCAAUAAAACCCAUCAAUGAACGAUCCGCAGUGAAUCAUUUGAAAUCAUUGUGUAAAAGAAAAAGUGGGAAAAUAAAAUUAAUUAUCAAAGUGCGACCACAGUGUACAGCUUAACGAUGUGGGAAUAAAAAAAAAAAAAAAGAGAGAGAUAUAAAUAGUGUUUCAUUUUUAAGUUCAGCUUCGUUCCUUUCGAAAAGCAAUGUUAAAUGUGAUGGCUUCAGCUGGAUCGGGAACGACGACCCUACCUAGCAGGGACGAGCCGACUUCUAUUCCUGUAAACACAACAAACGUGACGUCAUCAUCUCCAGUGGGUAAUCCGACGGUUGAAAAUUUACCAGACAACGUGAACGCCCUAUUAGUCGCGUUAAAGGGUAUAGUUAUGGGCACGAUAAUAACAACAGCCGUACUUGGGAAUGCCCUUGUUAUAGCGAGUGUAAGAAGACAUCGUAGAUUGAGAGUUGUGACGAAUUGUUACGUUGUUAGUUUAGCGGCAGCUGAUUUAUUGGUUGCAAUUUGUGCAAUGACUUUCAACGCCUCGGUAGAAUUAUCCGGUGGUAGAUGGCUGUUCGGGAGAUUCAUGUGCGACGUUUGGAACUCGCUCGACGUCUACUUCUCGACCGCCUCCAUCUUACAUUUAUGCUGCAUAAGCGUUGACAGGUAUUACGCCAUCGUUAGUCCACUCGAAUACACCGUGAUAAUGAGGCAGGGCACCGUUUCCUGUAUGCUUGGAUCUGCAUGGGUUCUUCCCGCCCUUAUCAGUUUCAUACCGAUAUUCAUGGGCUGGUACACCACGGAGGAACACCUGGAAUUCAUGAUCAACAAUCCGGAGGUUUGCGGUCUCGUGGUGAACCGAGCGUACGCCAUCGUGAGUUCGUGCGUAUCGUUUUGGAUACCUGGUUUAGUGAUGAUCGUGAUGUACUGUAGAAUUUACAAGGAAGCAGUUAGACAAAGGAAAGCGUUGAGUCGCACGUCUAGCAACAUAGUUUUAAACAGUGUACAUCAACACAGAGCGUCGACGAGGCAUCAUCAUCAUCAACAGCUCCUACUUCAGGCAGCUGCUGACACCGGGGAACUUGCUUUACACACUGCACAAUGCAAAGCGCCGACUGAACUGAAUGCCAUCAAUGGCACGACGAUACGGCAGCAAACCAAGAGUUGGAGAGCAGAGCACAAGGCUGCGAGAACUCUGGGUAUCAUAAUGGGGGCCUUCAUGCUCUGUUGGCUGCCAUUUUUUCUUUGGUACCUGACGACUUCGCUUUGCGGCGACGCUUGUUACUGUCCAGAUGCUGUUGUUGCCGUUCUUUUUUGGAUCGGAUAUUUCAACAGUGCAUUGAACCCCCUAAUCUACGCGUAUUUCAACCGUGAUUUUCGCGAAGCAUUCAAAGACACCCUAAAAAGUGCUUUACCCUGCUGUGCCAGCUGUUGGAAAACACCCUCUCAGUUUGUCUAGCGUGAAAUAUCCGGGUAUUCUGCUCCGAGGAAUCGUAAUUGCCCCGCAGACUAUCUCGGAUAAAUGUAUGACAGAUUUAUAUCGAACAAACCCUUAGCAAAAAACAAAAAUCAUAAAAAAUAGGCAAAGUCGACCUUUUCUCUUCUAUUCCUAUUCUUUUUUCUAUGUAAACGUAUAGGUAUUUUUCUAUUUUCUAAUCGUACAACGCAUCAAUGUUUUUGCAUCACGCAAAAAUUUAAUCAUUUAUUUAUUUAUUCUUACUUUAAUCGAUUAUGGUUUAUUUUUAGACAUUUUAUCCUUUUUUUUUUUUUCUUCUUUUUUUACUCGUCAUGAAACAACGGUAGUAGCAAAGUUACUUAAACCAAAGAAAACCAAAGGAAUGGAAAAGGCAAACACAUAAUUUUUCGCCAAUGUUAAUAUAACACGUGUACUUUUAGUUACACGUGACGUAGCUAGUCGCAGCGUGUAAAUAAAAAAAUAAUGAUCGUCGCAAUACGAAAACUGUUGAACCAGAGAACGAACGAAAAAAAGAAAGGAAACAAGAAUUAAUAAAUCAAUAACAUGUAGUAGACUAAUUAGUUAUUUAAAAAAAAAAGCUUUACAACAUAAAUAUAUGUAUUAUAUACGUAUAUUUCAACAAGGAGAUAACAAACUUAGCAUAUAAUAUAUAAUGAAUGUAUAUGAAGAAACUAAAAAAAAGUUAAUACACGAAUUGCAUGUACAUGAUAAUGAUAAUUAUGUACGUAUAUUAUGUGAAUAAUAAUUAGCUAUUAUAGGCAAUAGUUGAAAGUGAUGAUUUUCCAUUAGAUUACAACGAAUAGAAGAAUAUAUUUGUAAUUAUUAUGUGAAUUGUGAUAUAAAAUAAUAAUAAUGAUAACAUCAGUAAUAAUUAUCAUAAAGUAUAUUGCCUAGUUGUAACGAUCGUUCUAAGGAUAUAGGUAUAAUAGAUAGUGUAGGUAAUAGGUAAAUAUGUUAGAACGAGUGAGAGCAGAAAAAGAAAUUCUGAGAUAUUGUAAAUCAUUGUAACAAAUUGACAGAAGAAAGAGAAUGAACGUAUAAAUGGUAAGUAACCUUUACCGAAACAUAUAAAGCGUAAGAAAUAUAUAUUUGUAAGUAUGUCUAGGAAAAGAAUUAAAAAAAAAAAAAAAACGAUGUCGAAAACUAAUAAAAUGUCAGAUACAAAAGGCCAGUAAAACCGCUGAAUUAGGGUUACUAGGAAAGCGCAAUUCUAAAUGUGUAUCAUAUAAUAGUAGAUAAAUGAUUAUAAUAAUGAUACGAUGUCGUUAUAUGCGUAUAUUUAGAGAACGAAACAUCACAUAGAUCAAUAAUAAUAAUAACAACAACAUUGUGGAAAUAUGUAAAAUAUGUAAUAUAGCAAUAAUAUAUCAUUUCAAGUAUGACCAUACACAUAUACAUAUGUACCGCAAUACGGCUCUGUAAAUAAUUGUAUCAAUUAAAAAAACGAAUGCAAAGACAAAAAAAGAUAUUAAUAAUAAUAACAAUUGAAAAAGAA